CAUCUGCACACUUUGUAUAUGAAUGUGUAUGUCAAAGGCUGCACCUGCACAUGCCUCCAGUGUUUUCGAUCAUUUUUUAUGAUCGUACAUCGACUAACUAAUAUUCUGUAUCGAAAAUUUACUUCUACUCGCGUUGUAUAAUUUAUUUCGAAGUCGGGAUGAGUCUAACAAUAAAGUGUAGUAAAUUACUAAACUCGGUUAAUCAUGUGUACAAAAUGGGAGGUUAUUAUGCUUGUCGAAGCUUCAUUACUGUCGAGGAGGCUAAAAACAUAAAAUGGUACAAGCCUGCGAGAGUGCCUCAUAUAGAUCCUAGACAGACUGGUGAUUUAGGAUUAGAAGUAAACGUGAAACCUACUGACACCAUACUUUACUAUAAAAACUCCAAAGAGUUAGAGGACGCAAGUGAUAUUGUGAAGAAGAUGUUUACAGUAGAAUACCGGGGGUUCAAGGAGUAUAGGAACCUGAAGAGAGAGGAAAUAAUAAAUCGCGUCAAAAGACACGUUUCCGACAGAGGCUCGGUGGAGGUCCAAAUUGCUGCUAUGACAAGCGAAAUACAGGAUUUACAAAAGUACAUGGAAGUACACCCGACUGAUACGAAGACCAAAGUGUUUCUUUCAGAGUUGAUCGAUAAAAGGAAGAAGUAUCUAAAAUUCCUACGCAAUUGGGACUACAGGCGCUUCGAAUGGGUUCUAGAAAAUUUAAAUCUGACCUAUAUAGGACCCCCGGAACGAUACGGGCACGUUUCGAGGAAAGAUUGUAUUAGAAAGUUGACGCAGAUUCACUGCGACAACAUUGUUCAGAAGAAGCUAGACACCUAUAAGGCCGAAUUAAAAGAACAGCAGAGAGCGUUUUAUAUCGAGAAGGCUGAGAAAUUGGCGAAGAUCAUGAAGGAUGAGAAGGAAGUCGGUUUGCCAGUAACAGUAACGGAAGAAGAAAUCGAAGCUGCGAGGAAGAAAGCAGAAGAAUUGUUGAACGAAAAUAAAGUUUAAAUACGCUGUAUUUUCAUGUCUAAUCCGCCUCGAUUCUUUCUUAAAAAAUAAUAUUAGAAAUUUUAUUUA